GACGUCACGUCGGUGACGUUCCUCUCGCGAGAUUUCCCAGCGAGGUAGCAGUGUGCUGCUAACGUGCUUGUGCGCUACAGAGACAAGGAAAGAUGGCGACGCAGGAGAGACAAGCGACUAAGGCGGUCGUCAGUAAUGGCGAGGUUAGCAGUAACGGAAGCGCUGCGACAACAGACGGUCAGACGGUGCAGACGACAGAAAAUGCACAGGACCCUCAACAGCAGCAACAACAACAGCAGCAGCAGCAGCAGCAACAGCAACAAGCACCUAAUGCCUGGCAAGUUAUUAAAGGGGUUCUCUUCAGAAUUUUUAUCAUCUGGGCCAUCAGUAGCUGGUUCCGUCGAGGGCCGUCCACUCCAGACCCCAACACCCCGGCCGGGGCCCCCAGAGUACCGAGCAGGAACCUCUUCACUAAGGACACCUUAAUGGAUAUGUACGUGUACAUCUCCCAAGAGGAAGUCUUCACCGACUUCAACAACACAGAUUCUCUCUUCUGGUUCCAUCGGGACCUAGUCUACGGAGACUGGUCCACGGGGGAGAACGGGGACGGCUGCUAUGAGCACUAUAAAGAGAUGGCUAUCCCUGAGGCCGUGCAGCAGAACGGCUCCCUCUACAUUCACGUAUAUUUCACGAAAAGUGGACUGCAGCCAGACCCCACCCGGAAAGGGCAGUAUCGCCGACUGGCAACUGUUCAUGCAUCGCGAAUGCUGAACAAAUUCAAACGUAGGAAGUUCAUGAAGACCAAGAAUCUGCUCACGGGAGAGACUGAAGCAGAUCCUGAGAUGAUUAAGCGAGCAGAGAGCCACGGUCCUGUGGAGAUCAUCUCUCACUGGCACCCCAACCUCACCAUCAACAUGGUGGAUGACCACACAGCCUGGGUGAAGGGCUCUGUCCCACCUCCGCUAGACCAACAUGUAAAGUUUGAUGCACUGAGCGGUGACUACUACCCAAUCGUGUACUUCAAUGACUACUGGAACCUUCAGAAGGACUACUAUCCCAUCAACGACACCCUGACAACACUGCCACUUCGCCUCAACUACUGUCCGCUAUCCUUGUGGCGCUGGCAGCUUUACGCUGCCCAGAACGCUCGCUCGAUAUGGAACUUCCUGCCCGAGGACACCUAUGAGCAUGAUGAGGAUCAGGACUCUGUCAAGGUGGCCCUGCUAGAAACCAACCCCUACCUUCUAGGACUCACCAUUGUGGUCUCCAUCGUUCACAGCAUCUUUGAGUUUUUGGCCUUUAAAAAUGACAUCCAGUUCUGGAACAGUCGACAGUCUUUGGAAGGCCUGUCUGUGCGCUCCAUCAUCUUCGGAGUUUUCCAGUCUCUGGUGGUGCUGCUGUACAUUCUCGACAACGAGACCAACUUUGUGGUGCAGGUCAGCGUCUUCAUCGGCCUUCUCAUCGACCUCUGGAAAAUCACCAAGGUUAUGGAUGUUAAAUUGGACAGAGAGAACAAAAUCGCCGGAGUUUUCCCGAGACUCGUUUUCAAAGACAAAUCUACAUAUGUGGAGUCCUCUACCAAAAUCUAUGACGAUAUGGCAUUCAAGUACUUGUCAUGGCUUCUCUACCCUCUGUUCGGUUGUUAUGCCGUCUACAGUUUAUUGUAUGUGGAGCACAAAGGCUGGUACUCAUGGGUACUCAGCAUGCUAUACGGCUUCUUGCUAACCUUCGGCUUCAUCACGAUGACGCCGCAGCUAUUCAUCAACUACAAAAUGAAGUCAGUCGCCCACCUCCCGUGGAGGAUGCUCACAUACAAGGCUCUCAAUACGUUCAUUGAUGACCUGUUUGCCUUUGUCAUCAAGAUGCCAAUGAUGUACAGGAUAGGAUGCCUCAGAGACGAUGUGGUCUUCUUCAUCUACCUGUAUCAGCGCUGGAUUUAUCGAGUAGACCCCAACAGGGUAAACGAAUACGGAACCAGCGGAGUAGAUCAUCAACAGAAUAACACGGCGGUGGCCGCAUCCAACGUCCCAGUCACUACAGACAAACCAGAAGGGGAGAAAAAGAAUGAUUAAGCCAGACAUCGCCCAACCCCCAUUUUGGGCCUCCCUGGGUCUUGGCACCAGGGUGAAGAGGACUUGUGGAAAUUAGGCAGAGGUGGUCGGCUGUCAUGGACAUCACUUUGGAAACAAAAAAAAACAAAAAAAAUAAUAGGAAGGAAGAAAUUGCAGUUCAACUGUUCCCUUUGAUACCUGUACGGAUCCACUGAGAAUCAUCUUUGUACACUUGGUACACGGGAUGCACCUAAAAUUCUUGUCACUAAAAAUGUUCGACUGAAAACCGUCACAUGAAAAAUUGUCUAAAUAAUUUCAAGGAAAUUAAAAAAUAAAACGUGGAAAUUUUAAAAAGAAGAUUUGAGAAAACAAUCCUACUUCCUGAGCAAGAUAGUCCUAAAAUCCUUCUUGAGGAAACUCAAACAAGUAAAUUAUCCCACUAUUAUAACUAAUUAACAAGCAUUUAUCAACAUUUUCUUAAGUUUACUAUAUCAAGUCACAGCAAAUUCCUAUAGUCCUUGAUCACAAAAGAGUAUCUUCAUCGACCCACAAUUGAGAGAAUCCUCUGAUCGAAACCACAUCGGGCAUGGAAAAUUUCAAGGCCCCAAUUUCAAGGGACAGGUAUGGAUAUCAAAUGGCAGUAAAAAUGGCCUAGAUCUUAUUUAAUAUUGCAGUAAAUGCCAGAUUGUACAAUUAAACAGCUCUAAAGCAACAGUAGCAUUGGAGCUUACACAAUUUAUUCAAAGUUUGACUUUUCGGCCACGGUUUCAUCAUUAUUGGUUUCGGCCAAGAAAUUCUAUUUCGGUGCAUCCCUACAUUUUCAUUUUUCAUGCCCGCCCUCUCGUUUUGCAGUUGAAGUGAAGUAAAACAAAAUGUGAUGUACUGUAUUUUGUUUGAUUUGGGGAGGGUACAGCAUCUUGGAAAUGAGGCUGGCCAAGUUUGAUUUUAAACAUAUUUUUUUUUAUACAUGGGUGAAAGGAGCCAAGUGCAGAUUUUCUCCUUUGUGUAAAUUCCUUGUGAUUUUUUUUUCUUUUCAUUCCACAUGGACACUGAAUUGUGAGAGGGAAAACUGGAAAAUCACCUCGGGAUGACUCCCAACAGGACAUCGGCAACAAGACAGUGAUGACUACCCUCGAUUUAUUUUAAACAAAUUGUUCAUGUUCUAAACUGGAACAGAAAAAAACUGCUUUGUUGGUAUUAAUAUAAAGAUGAAUAUUGUCAACGAGUUUUUAUAUUCA